AUGACCGGGCCGCCGUCCUCUUCCUACCCCGGCCAGGUCCCGCCGCCAGCCGCCGUGAUUUCGCCGGAAAACGAGGAGAAAAGCUCCGGUUUUGACAGAAACUUCGCCGGCUUCGUUCUCCGUCGUCCGGCCACCCGAUUCUGGCAAAUGAGGGGAGAUUCCGGCCACUUCCGGUCAGUUUUACCUAGGGUAGGAGUCUUGAGCCGUGAUUUGUGGUUUUCCGGCGAUGGGUAUCGCUUUGGACACCCACGCGCUGCCAGCGCGUGUGGCGGCGCGUGGGCACUGUAG